ACCUCUCAUUCCCACAUGCAAAAAAAACGAACACAAAAACAAAACAAAAUACAAAUCAAAGAUCACAUUCUCCUUCUCCUUCUCCUUGUACCUGUGUUAUUAAGGUUUCUCUUUCUUCUUCCAGAACCAAUAUCCCAUUUCUGAAAGUAUUUAAACAAAAGAAAUGGAGGAAUCAGAUUCAACACCAAAGUCUCUGAUGGAGAACCUGCUUGGCCUUUUGAGGGUUCGCGUGAAGCGUGGUGUCAACCUUGCCGUUCGUGAUGUUCGAAGCAGCGACCCCUAUGUUGUCAUCAAGAUGUACCGCCAGAAACUAAAGACUCGUGUGAUUAAAAAGGAUGUGAAUCCUGAGUGGAAUGAAGACCUUACUCUUUCUGUUAUAAAUCCGAAUCACAAAGUUAAACUGACUGUGUAUGAUCAUGACACUUUUAGCAAAGAUGACAAAAUGGGAGAUGCAGAAUUUGACAUCUUGCCCUUUAUAGAAGCCUUGAAGAUGAACUUAACUGGCCUUGCAAAUGGUACUGUAGUCACAAGAAUACAACCAAGCAAGCAUAAUUGCCUGGUUGACGAGAGCUGCAUAACUUAUAGCAAUGGCAAGGUUGUCCAAGAUAUGAUCCUUAGAUUGCAAAAUGUGGAAUGUGGUGAAGUGGAAAUCCAAUUGCAGUGGAUUGAUCUUCCUGGUUCUAAGGGUAUAUGAUAUUAUGAUCUUAUGGGGUGCUUGUGUAUUAACAACUUCAUGCAUAUAAGCUGGCUUUUGCCUUGUACUACCUAAGGUCAGGUUUAUCUAAGGCUUGUUGGGGAACUAACUGAACUUGUAUUUAUACCCGGUUUGUGAUGCAUUAGUACAGUUUAGAACUUUUAAUUUUUCAUGUUUAAAAAUUUACCUUUUGGUCUCGGUGUGUUUUGGAAGGGGAUUGACGCAUUGAUUUGGUUUCAUAUCCUGGGUGAAAUAUGCAUGCCGCCUACGCUUCAUAAGAUGAUAAAAAGAGUAAUGUCUGCAUACCUCCACUCUGGAUCAAACUGUAACUGCAUCAUCUUUGUCAUCAUUUGAUUGUAAAUUUGUUUCA